AUCAUCAUCUUCAACUAAAUAACACUUUCCUUCAACUUCUCGUGCACUGUUUUUUUUCUCUCUCCUCUGCAAAUUCUCGAACAUUAAUGGAGUUUUAGGGUUUAUGAUUUCCGCUAAUUUCACUAAAAUUUGAGCUUCAUCUUCGCUUAAAUUCCUUCAUUUCUUCACUUUUCCGAAGAAUUAUCAAGAGCUCAACAAACCCUUUUUGUAGCAUUGAUGGGGACUGAGAGUGUGAGCCUCGUUGAGAAGAAUCAAGAAGAAAAUCAACCUGUUUCUCCGGGCUUUAGUUCAUUUCCAACAUUCAUCUUGAGAAGAGCAGAAGUUUUGGACAACCCUCUUGGUCCCGUGGGUGCUGAGAAUGCAAGUGAUCUGGAGAUAUCUUCAGUGCCAACUUCAUCUGAGAUUGAUGGAUAUGCAAGCAUCAAGAGAAGUUUAAAGUGUAAACAAAGACCAUGGAUUGUUUAUGACCAGCUUCAAAGUGAAAGGGAGCCAGAUGUUAAGCAGCAUGAUAUGAAUUUGUCUCCGAAGGUUUGUCUUCCCAAAGGUGUUACUAGGGGAUGCUCAGAUUGCAGUGGGUGUCAAAAGGUUUCAGCUAGGUGGAAUCCAGCAGGAGCAUGCAGUUGUGUACUCGAAGACGCGAUUGUUUUUCAUCCUGAUGAAGAGGACUUCAAGGACACCUUCAAGUACAUUGACAGCAUAUGUCAACAGGUGGAGCCCUAUGGAUUGUGCCGUAUUGUUCCACCUUCAUCAUGGAAAGUUCCUAGCUUUCUUGAGGAAGAUGACAUUUGGCAGAAUUAUAAACUUUCAACUCAAGCUCAACGAGUUAAUGAGCUCCAAAAUCAUGGAUCCUACAAAAAGAUAUCUGCCAGCAAUGACACUAGGAAGGCAAAGCGAAGAAAAUUGGAUUACGAGUUUGAUGAUGCCUGUGCUGCAAAUUUUAGCUCUGACGAAAGCCAUAGAUCAGAAAGCUUUAAUGUUGAAUCUGGUCCUGAGUUAAGUCUUAUAGCUUUCAAACGACAUGCUGAUGAUUUUCGGCGGAUUUACUUUUCCAAAGAAGUUGAGAUUGCAAGUAGUAAAGUUAAUCCAACUAUGCAUCAAGAACAGUGGGAACCAUCUGAACAGAUUAUUGAAGGUGAAUUUUGGCGGAUUGUUGAAAAGCCAACUGAAGAAAUAGAAGUGCUUUAUGGUACUGAUUCUAUUUCUAAAAAUCAGAUCUGUAAAUUUUCAGUAUCAUCAAACUCAGGGCAGGCAUCCGACUCUGUAGAAGGUUUUGCUCCAAAUUGGGACCUGAAGAAUCUCUACAAGUUGCCUGGUUCCUUGCUUUCUUUGGAGACAUUGGAUUCUUCUGAUAUCCUAGCGCCUCAGCUACAUAUCGGAAUGUGCUUUUCAUGCCUUCCUUGGACUGUUGAAGAGCAUCGCUUAUACAAGCUGCACUAUCUCGGUAUGGGUGCUCCAAGAAUAUGGUACAGCAUACCUGGAUUUGUUUCCCAUAAAUGUGAGUCUAUGGUGAAGAAGCACUUCCCAUGUGUGGCAGAAGAACAUUUGGAGCUGCUUCAUAGACCGGGAAGGCAAUUAUCUCCUGCAACAUUAAAGUCAGAGGGUAUACCAGUUUAUCGUUGCGUCCAGCGACCGGGGGAAUUUGUUCUUUUUCUUCCCGGAGCUUAUCAUUCAGGUUUCGAUUGUGGAUUUAAUUGUUCCGUGUCAGCAGUUUUUGCUCCGUUGAAUUGGUUGCCUCACGGGCAGAUUGCCAUAGAAUUAUAUCGUGAGAGCAGAAGAAAAACAUCAAUUUCUCAUGAUAAGGUACUACUGAGAGCAGCUGAUGAAGCUGUGAAGGCCCAAUGGGAAUCUCUACUAAGGGGUAAGAAAACACCAAAAGUCUUGACAUGGAAGGAAGCCUCUGGAAAGGAUGGGGUACUAGCAAAAACUUUAAGGGCUCGUAUCAGGUCAGAAGCGAGGUGUCGGGACUAUCUUUCUUCUGCGUCUCAGGCACGGAAAAUGGACAAAACCCUCGACGAUGAUGGCCGGAAACGAGAAUGCAGCAUCUGCUCUUGGGAUUUGUAUUUGUCUGCUGUGUCCUGCCCUUGUAAGCAAAACAAGUAUUCAUGCCUGGUUCAUGCCAAACAUUUCUGUUCUUGCGCUUGGACUCAGAAAACUUUCCUGUUUCGCUAUCAGAUCAACGAGCUAAAUAUUCUGGCAGAGGCCGUGGAAGGCAAGUUAAGCUCAAUCAGGGCUUGGGUCAAAGAAAAUCUUGGGGCGGCCUUGCAGUGGAACAAGCCUAAUCAAGACCAAAUUAAGCCUUAUGUGGAACCAACUUCUACUGCUAUCAUUGACAAAGUUACCUCUACGGAAAUUGAGGAUUCUGCCUUAAAGCUACUUUCAGAAGCAAAAAACCUUCUUAAGAUCAACUCAGAAGAUGAUUUAAAGGCUAAAGCAGGGGAGACUAGUUUGAAAAAUCUAUCUGAUGAUGGAGGGAGUUCGUCGUCGUCGUCCUCGGAUUUUGAUAUUGAGGAAUAUAUAACACAUCUGGAGGAGUCCUAUGGAGCUUUGCCUCCAACCAUCUAACAAGGAGGGAGAAUCAAAUCUAAACAAACAAGACCUUGCUUGGAAAUUUAAAGGGUCUGGUGCAAAAAUGUUUAGCCAACUAAAAAAUACUCGAAUGUCCUAUUAGAGCUGCGAUAGUCGUAUCCUGUUUAUGUUACUGCCUUUUGUGACUAAAUAAAUAAAAUUGUUUAGAAUGUCUUA